GGAGAACGUCUACACGAGCACUGGCCGCAUCCCGUUGCCGUGACACACGACGGGCACCGCAUCCGCUACCCUGACCCCCGCACCCACCGUGGCGACACCUUGGUGUACAACGUGAAGGAGAAAAAGGUAACGGACCUCAUCAAGACCGGCAACGGCAAAGUGGUGAUGGUGACUGGCGGGGCUAACCGCGGCCGUAUUGGAGAGAUCAUGUCGAUUGAGCGCCACCCUGGUGCGUUUGACAUUGCGCGCUUGAAGGAUGCUGCCGGCCACGAGUUUGCUACUCGGGCGUCCAACAUUUUUGUGAUUGGCAAGGACAUGCAGAGCGUUCCCGUGACGCUGCCGAAGCAGCAGGGUCUCCGUAUCAACGUGAUUCAGGAGCGCGAGGAGAAACUGAUCGCUGCUGAGGCACGCAAGAACAUGCAGGCUCGAGGCACCCGCAAGACACGCAAGUAG